UGUUUAAUGACAAUCUAUCUAUCAUGACAUUGAAUCAUCUAUACAUUCAGCUGUUCUCUGUUGUGUCCACAGUGAUCAAAGUGUCGAUGCUGCUGGUUGCACAUGAUCACCAGAGUUACAGCCUGACAUCUGCUUUUCGCAUCGUUCCAACCAGACUGCAGAUCUUUGAAUACGCGUCCGUCUCUUUUACCUGCGAAGGGUUCAAUGUCUUGGCUGGAUGGAGAGUGAGAAACACCAAGGAAUUCCUUAAAACAUGCUUGAAUGACAUAAUGAAGAUGACUGUGACCUGCACCAUUGACUAUGCCUAUAAAUCAGACAGUGGAGAAUACUGGUGUGAAGGUGGAGGAGGAGAGAGUAGCAACACUGUCCACAUCACUGUCACUGCUGGUUCUGUGAUCCUGGAGAGUCCUGUCCUGCCCGUGAUGGAGGGGGAAGAUGUGACUCUGCGAUGCAGAACGAAGACGACUUCCUCCAACUUCACAGCUGAUUUCGGUAAAGAUGGCCGCUUCUUGGAGAGCAGCUCUACAGGAGAGAUGAUCAUCCACAAUGUGUCCUACUCUGAUGAAGGACUCUACAAGUGUAGCAUCUCUGGAGCUGGAGAAUCACCGGAGAGCUGGUUGUCUGUCAGAGUGCGAGAGGGUCCAGAUGGCAUUAAUCGUGGGCAAAAUGACUCUGCAGCAGUCACAGCUCUUCACAGAGAGACGUGUCCCUCCUCAGAUCGUCCCUCCUUGUAUGUCGUCCUCGUCUUAAGGACUGUUUUCACCAUCUUGCUGGUGGCUCUGCUGCUGCUGCUGGUGGGACUGCUUCACUGUGGGAAACUCAGAGUUACACACAAGUAACCAGAAGUGUCUUGUCAUGAUCAACAUCAUGAUUUAGGUCUUACAGUCACUGGGAUUGUUUUACCUUUCACCUUCAUGUUAUUUCACAUUUACCAUAGUUUAAGUUUAGUGUUUAGCUUCUCUGUGCUACGUGUUCAGUCUUGCAGUAGCUGUUUGACUUUCUCACACUCAGAUAAGGUUUAAAAACCACAGAGGUGCUGACUGAUGCAUCGACUAUUUUUACAA